AUGUCAAGGGGUUUAGCGGAUAUUGCGGGAAUGACCGCAACUGAAAAACUCAAUAUGUUGUGUUCGCUCUUUCAACUCGAUAUCAGAGCACUGGAUUUAAAGAUGUCGCUUUUUAUUAAAUGUGUACAAAGUAAAAACUUUCAGCAAUACAUAGAUACUUUUCCUCCUUAUUUCAGGAAUUUGCGUGGUGACUACAACAUCGAAGCCCUCCGAAGUUACAUAGCAAAGAUACCGCCAUUGGAAAAGGUUUGGAAUAUGAUCGAACAAAAUGAAAUCGAUCGUUUGGAAUUAGGCACAAUAAGAUUGCUCUUUUGGGUGUUAUUAGAAAAUAAGUGUGCCAAUAUUAUUGAAUAUGAUGUUGAUAAUGUAAUAAACUUGAUAAGAACAAUUCUACAAACUGCGAUAAAAAGACCAGAUUAUGUUUUUGAGAUAGUACCGACAAAUAAUAAAUUCUUUGAAAAUAUUAAGAAGUAUCACGACCUGAUGAUCGAAUCUGCACUCUUUGUUCCGCAAAUGGAAACUUUUCAAGAAGUUUUUUCAAAUGAUUUCAAGAAUUUCGAUACCAUUAUUUUGAAAGAUGAUCUGCAGAAUGUUCUAAGUGCGGGUGAAAACCUUUGGAAAAAUUCUAUGUUGGGCACACAAAUACGCUGCGUUGGGUUUGUUAAUUACAUUAGACACGUUGAAAGGAUGGAAUUCACUGGUAGUAUUAAUGAUAGCGGUGUCGAAAUAUACGAUAAUAAUUUAGCCACUUUAAGUUUCGUAAUGGUUUAUAAAACUGAUAAUUCUGGACUAUUGGGCACAAUUUGGAAAAAUUUGUGUUCUUUAUGUAAAAAUAACGAAGCAAUUAUAGCAGGCUCAGUUGUUGGUAUAAUAUUGGAUGUGCUCCUUUAUAAAGCUUUUCAUGGAAUAAAGCGAUAUUUAGCUAAAUGA